AUGGCUGGUGAUUAUAUUGCACCAAUUGAUCCUACUUUCACACAUGUUCAUGAAAAACUAAAAAAGCCAAGAUUUUGGCCUCAUUUUAAGGAUGCUAUUGGAGCAAUUGAUGGAACACACAUUCCUGUCAUUGUUCCGGCUGAGCUGAAAGUCAUUCAUACCAAUAGGAAGGGCUAUACAAGUCAAAAUGUCCUGGCAAUGUGUGACUACGAUAUGAGAUUCAUUUUUGCUGUUCCUGGUUGGCUUGGAUCUGUCCAUGACACUCGUGUAUGGAGUGAUGCUAGGGCGGAAUAUGAUACUUUCCCACACCCUCCACAAGGAAAAUAUUAUCUUGUUGAUUCCGGAUAUCCAAACAGAGUUGGGUACUUAGCUCCAUACAAAGGGCAACGGUACCAUGUACCCGAAUUUGAAAAUGCUCCUCCUGUUGGGAUGCAAGAGAUGUUCAACUAUUGCCAUUCAUCUCUACGCAAUGUCAUUGAACGAGCAUUUGGUGUACUCAAGAGGAAGUGGCCAAUUCUACAAGGCAUACCAGCCUAUCCAGUGUUGAAGCAGAAGAUGAUAGUUAGUGCAUGCAUGUGUUUGCAUAACUACAUUCGUGACAGUAAGCUGCGUGAUGAGCAUUUUGAUAGAUUUGAGAGGGGGGCCUAUGUUCAUGAGGAUGGGCCGACAGGCGUCAAUGCUUUAGUUGGAACCGAUGAUGGCACCAUGAGUGCGAUACGUGAUGGUAUUGCAGCGAGUUUGGUAGCUUGA